AUAUCCUUACAUAAUUGUUGAUGAAUUCGCUGCUCGGUUGGCAUGUAUUCAAAUUGAAUUUCGUCUAUUUACCAUCGAAUUGCGUCAACAUUGUCAACAGUUCGUUCGAAUUGAAAAGUUCACUUUUUUUUUACUAAAUAAGUAAUAGAAAAAAAAAUUCAAUGGAUUAUCAAGACGAAAAAAUUGUGGCAGGAAAUUUAGGCAAAAAAUUCACUAUGGAUCGACGAAAAGAGUUAGAGCUAUUCGACGAUUGCCUUGGAGAAGCGUUAACACAAAAAGCCGUACCUGUUACAAUUGCAUUAAGUGCAGCCACUUACAUGGCCAUUAAAGAGGGAUUUUUGAAAAACAAUGGAUUGUUUGGAAUGAUGCGAAAGAAUUUGUUAUGCAUGGUCAUUGGUGUUGGUGUUAGUUUAAUUGGGAUCCGUGAAAAUUAUCAUGAUAAAUUGGCAAUAUGGUAUACUUCGCAUCACCAUCAACAAGUAAGAAAUAUGAUAUUAAGCAACUGGAAGGAGGAAAACAAAAGAAAAAAAAAUACUGUGAAAUUAUUUGAUAAACCAAACCAUUUAAAUUUAGAUUUAGAACGACCUCAUUUCGAUGGCAUCGAUUCGCCAAAAAAAGAUGACAAUCGUGCUGUUCACAUUGAAAACAUCACAUACGAAGAAUUGCAGCGCAGAAAUCGUGAAAAAUACGCUGUAAAACACAACGGUUAUUAUUAAAAGAUUUUGAUAUAUUUUGUGGUAUAUAUUUAUAUUUUAUUGUUGUAA